UAUUAAAAAUGCAAACAGUGUUCAAGAAUGCUUCAGCCAGAUACAGAGUUGUUUUCCUUAGACAUGGAGAAUCUUAAUGGAAUAAAGAGAAUAGAUUUACAGGUUGGCAUGAUGUUACUCUCUCCUAAAAAGGAGUUGAAGAAGCUAAAGCUGCUGGUUUGUUACUUAAGAAAGAAGGAUUCUUAUUUCAUUAAGUCUAUACAUCUGUUUUGACUAGAGCUAUUCAAACAUAUAAUUAUGCAGCAGAAGAAAUGCAAUCCCAAUAUUUACCAGUCAUUAAAAGUUGGAGACUUAAUGAAAGACAUUAUGGAGCACUUCAAGGUUUAAAUAAGAGUGAAACAGCUUAAAAACAUGGUGAAGAUUAAGUCAAAAUAUGGAGAAGAUCAUAUGAUAUUCCACCUCCUCCUUUAGAACCAACUGAUCCUAGAAAUCCAGCUAAUGAUAGAAGAUACGCUGAUGUUCCUAAGGAUGCUUUACCCCUCACUGAAUGUCUUAAAGACACUGUAGUUAGAGUUAUUCCUUUCUGGCAUGAUCAUAUUGCUAAAGAUGUCCUUGCAGGUAAAAAUGUUUUAGUUGUUGCUCAUGGUAAUUCAUUAAGAAGCAUUGUGAAAUAUUUAGAUAAUGUUUCUGAAAAAGGUAUGAUAAUCUCUUAUUUAAUUAGACAUUCUUGAAUUAAAUAUUCCAACAAGUGUUCCUUUGGUUUAUGAAUUCGAUAACAAUUUAAAGUCUUUGGGCUCUUAUUAUUUAGGAGAUUAAGAAGAAAUUAGAAAAAAAAUGGAAGCUGUUGCUAAAUAAGGUGCAAAGAAAUGAUAAAAUAAAUUAGUAUCAAUAAACAAAAUGUAAAAUUAU